AUGCGAACAAAGUUAACUCCCAUAAUAUUCUAUGGGGUUACAUUUAUUUCGAUGAUAGCUUUCAUUCGAGCAUCCAGACGUUGGCCGGAACUUAUUCAACACAUUUCCAAAUCUGAAGAAUUGGAUCCAAGUUUUGACUUCAAACUAAAGAAGAAAUGCAAUAUUACACUUUUGCUUGUACUGGUUUUGGCCAUAUUGGAACACAUAUUCUCAAUCAGAUCUGCAUAUUCAGCUGCACAGAUUUGCUAUCCAGACACUGGUUUCUAUGAGGGCUUCGUCAGAUAUCUUUACCCUUGGGUAUUCGAUUUUCUUCCGUAUUCGGCGGCGCUGGGAAUGGUAACACAGUUCCUUAACAUUCAAUCGCAUUUUAUAUGGAACUUCACGGAUUUGUUCGUGAUUUGUAUGAGUUACUAUCUGACAUCACGUUUGGAUUUGGUCAACAAGAAGCUGUUGCCUGCACAAGGAAAGUAUCUCCCGGAAAUAUUUUGGCGAACAACAAGAGAAACAUACUGCAGAGCCACAAAACUGGUCAGGAAGGUUGAUGAAAUCAUAAACGGAAUCCUGUUUAUUUCAUUUGCAAAUAAUUUAUUUUUUGUAUGCGUCCAACUAUUUAAUACUUUUGAUGACAGUGUUGAUAUGGUUGGAUUAUGUUACAACUAUUCUGAAAGGAGAACUAAACCUGUCGGAAGUGAACCUGUUAUUUAUUUACUGUUCUCGUUGGGGUUCUUAAUAUCUAGAUCUAUAGCAGUUUCUUUGAUAGCGUCACAAGUAAAUUUGGCAUCAACAGUGCCCGCACCUAUCCUAUAUGAUGUACCUUCAGCUGUUUAUUGUGUAGAAGUGCAGAGAUUUCUGGAACAAGUUAACGGAGACAACGUUGCUCUGACCGGAUUGCAAUUUUUCAGCGUCACUCGUGGAUUGCUCUUGAGUGUUGCCGGCACAAUAGUUACAUACGAACUCGUAAUGGUUCAAUUCAAUCAAGCACCAGCUUCGGAUUCAUUUACUGAAAAAAUAGUAGAAAACAAUAUCAGUACUAUAGAAACAUUUUACAACUACUCGUAG